GUCGGUCGCGAUGCAUUAAUUUACUGGUGUAAGAGCUCAAAACAUUGGUUGCUGCUGUCCUGAGCAAUGGCCUCAGAUCUGCAUGCUCUGUAUGCCUUGCUUGAGGAAGCUAAAACACAGAAGAAAGAGCUGCUAUACAGCCGACCUGCUCGCACAGCUCCAGCUGACUUCCACAGAUACCUGGAUCAUCUCACCACUCAUGGAACUGAGCUGAGCGACCCGAGCCAGCUGGUGGACCACUGCAUCCGGGAGGCGGAGCCGGGAGUCCAGGAGCUGGUACGCUCUCUGCUGGAGGAGGAGCAGCAGCGAUGGACGCGAGCCGAGCAGAUCCUCAGCCAGCAGGCCGAGCGGCCCCUGUCGCCCGGACCGCCGGCCUUCACCCGGACCACCGCCACCCGGACCACCGCCACCCGGACCGCCGGCCUGGACGAGUCGUCGGACGCGUCGGAGGAGCCGCCGUCGCCGGCCGGCUGGACCGAGCACUCGUCCGCGGCGGAGAUCGAGGCCAGGCCGGACCGGCCACGCGCGGGCCAGCAUCGGCCCGACACGAGCGUGGGCGCGGACAGCGCCGUGCCCACACCGCGCUCUGAUGACAGGGCGCGGGACACACCGGCCGACGACACGGGAGGUCGCGCCGCCCAACUGUCGGAGGACGCGCCGCAGCGUGACGUGACGCAGGCGGCCGGCGUGGGAGAGGUCAUCAGCAGGUCAGGCGGCGGGAGGCAUGAGCCGAGGCAGGACGCUGGCUGA